ACUGUCAGCUCAUCACUGUUCGAACUAGAUUUCAUCCGUUCAUUUAUUUAUUCAUGUAUUUAUUUGUCUUCAGAUGUAGUUAUUAUUGUUUUUUAGUUUGAUUUAUAGUCAGAUAAUUGAAAACUUAAUAUUUUAGGUGGCUCUUUUUCGCAGGUCUUUAUUUAUUUAAUUUUUUUAAGUAUUUUUGAAGAAUGAGGCCUAAAGGUGUGACGUUCACCACUGGAUUGAUUUUUGGAUAUUUGUCUCUUCGCUUGCUGCUGACCUCCAUGUUUUCAAUAGAAACAGAAAAUCGACUUCAUUCUUACAAUAUACACACAGAGGCAAGUCAGAAGAACAGCUCUGCAGAGAGUCCCCCUAACUCUACACAGAUCUUGUGUUGGAUUAUGACAGGACCCAAGAACCUGGAAUUACGGACCAAACAUGUCAAGCAAACAUGGGGCAAGCAUUGCCACCACAUUCUGUACAUGAGUUCAGUGAAGACGGACUUCCCAACUGUGGAGCUGAACGUGAGUGAAGGAAGGGAAAACCUGUACUGGAAGACCAUCAGAGCACUCCAGUACAUCCACCAGCACUAUCAGGACAAAGCCAACUGGUUCCUGAAAGCAGAUGAUGAUACAUUUGUGGUCAUAGAGAACCUGCAGUACAUCUUAUCCAAGCUUGACCCAGACAAACCUUUGUACCUUGGUCGAAGGUUUAAGCGUUUCAUCAGCCAAGGCUACAUGAGUGGAGGAGCGGGUUAUGUCCUGAGCAAAGAAGCACUGAGGAGAUUCGUCAAAGGGUUUCAAACAGGACGGUGUACUCACUUCUCCACAAUAGAAGACAUGGCUCUGGGGAAAUGUAUGGAGACGAUGAAGGUGGAGCCAGUGGACACCAGGGACUUGAAGGGCAGGCAAACAUUCCACGCUUUUCCUCUAGACCAUUACAUCAUACGACAACUACAAAGACCUCGGCCGUGGUAUUUGAUCUACGACUAUUAUGUUCCAAAUGAGGGUCCAAACUGCUGCUCAGAUUUCAUUGUAUCUUUUCACUACAUUCAUGCUGUUCAGCAGUAUGUGCUGGAGUAUUUUACCUACCAUCUGCGACCCUAUGGAUACUCAUAUAGAUUCAAGCCUGAUAAAAUGAUGGAAGCAAACCUCAAAACUCAUUAAGGAGGAUGAGAAGAUGAGUGGAAUGGGAAAGGAUCAAGAAGAGAGGUGAAGUGUCUGAGUGGGGAGGACAGGGUUUGUGAUGGGGGAUGUGGAUUAUUAUGAACGUUUUCAUAUACUGAACCAGAAGCCACGUUAAUGAGUGUGAAGAGGGAUGACUAGAAGCACUGGAAUGACACAGAAGAAGAGUUGGGGAGGACAGAGAAGACAGUAAGGGAGAGAUAUGAAGAAAAACGGUGGGAACGAGAGCAGACAUGUUUCUGUCAUAGACAGGUGUGGCUACAGUCUAGACAUUCUUCUGAGCCUGAGAUAAAACCUUGAUGUCAUUUAGUCAAAGAUUAAUGGAGGAAUAAUUAGAUUCCCAACCCACCCUUCUGUAAACUACAGCAAGGUUUCAUAAUUUCCAGGAAAGGUGGGGAAGCAGAUUAAGUCAGCUCAGUUUUGAGCUGCUGUUGAGAAAAAAUGAUUAUUUUUAGUGCUUAAUACAGUUAAUCGUACGGCAUGUGUAAAAGGUAUAUUGAACAUUCUUAUUGGAAUAAAUUUUUUAAUUUUGAACAGGGUUGUGGUAAGUAUUCAAAAUACAGGAACCAAAUGCAGAUCAAAGGGGAUCUCUCAGUGAGGCUCCUGCUGUGUUAUUAGGACACAAGAGGCCAUAAAAUCUCCUGGAAGGCAGUAUCACUUGAGCCUGGAGGAGAGAAGCCUGUUUGGUUCACAGAAGAUCAAAAGUUUUCCAGAACCAACAUCUGGGAUGGUGUAAAACUAAAUACAACAUAGAAUGUUAAAACCACUAACAUUUAAUUUCUAAAACAUUUUUCUAAGUACUAAUAGCAGAUUUUUAACUAAAAGGGUAUUAUCUAAUUUUAGAAUUACUAGUCUAGUAAAUGAUGAAUGUAUUUGAAAAUUGUACUAUCUGGGACAAUAUCUGAAUCAAAUGGAAAUUGUUUGAAUGAAACUGUAUUGUUUAGUAUUAGAAAAUUGCUCAGGAUUUAAGCUAAAUGGGGUUUUGGAAAAUGAUUGUGUUAACAAUGCUUAGGAUUGAAUGUUAUGUUUCAUAGGUUAGAAAAAAGGAAUUAUACCUCAUUUUGUUCUGUUGAUUUUAUGUGUUAUUUUUUGGUUUAAGGCAAAGAUUUGAAUCUUUUGAGAUGUUGAGUGCAGAUGAGCAAAACUGGGUUUGUGAAGGUAACCUUUCCUUGAACCAAAUUACUCGAUUUAGCUUUGUUCUGAGAAUGUAUGUAAGGAGAAGAUAACGGGAGACACUCUGAAUUUCACAGGUAUCUGUGAAGUCUUGUUUUAUGCUUUUAUUUGCCCAAAUGGCCCUAGAACCCAGAAAACCAGGAUGCAGCUGCUUGCUCCAUUGUUCUACCAAGGAGCAAAUGGCCUUUGAUCUUUGGCGUAAAUUAGGGGGAGUUCUAAGUUUUUCUGAGUGUUUAGGGUAGCUUCUGGUUGGUCAACCAGAGGUACGCCUUAAUUGAAUAUUAAAAAGGAAAGACACACCUUCACUAUAAAAGUUUGUGCACAGGAAUAAUAAGGCAGACAGCUGUUCCUAUUUUGCCUUUUUGCAUCAGCUCUCUCCAAAGACGCGUCUUUGCCUUUUCUUUCUCUAUCUUUUUGUCUUUUGGGUCUCUGUUGUUCUGCAGUUUAGUUGUUAAUUCAUACGUUGUUUUGUAUUUGGAUUAAACUCUGUAAUUCUGUGACGUCAACACGCAUUGUUGUUUUCCUUGUGACCACACGUCGCCCGCUGAGAGGACCUGGGAUUCAGAGGAAGAGAGAGAGCCAAACUUUUUCCAAAUUUAACUAAUUUUAAAAUAUUCUUCCUUAUCACUGCCUUCCAACUAUUUUUAAAAAUGUUUAAACUUUA